AUGAGGACGUUGCAUACGCCAGCCAAAACCAAUAAGGGCAAUGAAGAGGCAGAAGCUGCAUUGAAUACGCUGGUCCACAUGCGUGGAAUGGCUCAAGGAAAUGUCACUCGAAUCAAAAACAUCUUGGCUCGAGCCGAAGCGGAUCAGACUGAACUAACUCCUGCUCAAGUAAAGGUCUAUAUCAAGAAGGUAGAAACCGCAUACACCGAAUAUCAUCAGUUACAUCAGCAAGUUGUGGCCAGUCUUCCAAUCAACAAACGAGAAGAGCAGGAUGCAAAGUACUUGAGUUUUGAAACGUUACAUGAAGAGGUAUCAACUAUUCUCGAAACCUGGCUCAGGAAUCUGACAGCACCUCCACAGAAUCAGCUCCAACAAAUGGCCCCAGUCGCUGGGAAUCAGCAACCGGUGGUAAUCCAGCAGUCCCUUCCUCGUGCGAUUCCCACGUUUGACGGAAGAUACGAGAACUGGGAAAAAUUGAAAAUCAUGUUUCGCGACGCCGUGGACCGUACCAACGAAGCACCACGCAUAAAGCUGUACCAUCUUGAGAAGGCUCUCGUUGGUGACGCAAUGGGGCUUAUCGAUGUGAAGACGAUUAGCGACGGGAACUACGAACACGCCUGGAAACUUUUAGAGGAGCGUUUCGAGGAUAAAAGGCGAAUGAUCGAUAUUCACAUCGCUGGCUUACUCGGAACAAAGAAAAUACCGAAGGAUGAUUAUGCCGAUCUGAGAACACUGGUCGAAACUAUUAGCGGUCACGUGGAGAAUCUCAAGUUCCUCAACCAGCAAUUCACAGGUGUGUCGGAGCUAAUUGUCGUUCAUCUUGUCGCUCGUUCUUUGGAUGCGACAACGAAGAAAGAGUGGGAAUCAACAAUAAAGCGAGGCGAGCUUCCCACCUACGAAAACACCAUCAAGUUUUUGAAGGACCGCGUCUCAGUUCUGGAGAGAUGUCAGGGUUCAAACGAAGAAUCUCGGUCCCAGCGAGGAACAGCGAAACAACUAACAGGAAAAUCUGCAGUUUCGAAGGCCAACACCGCAACGGCCUCUUCGACAUCGGAUCCACAUUGUGAGAUGUGUGAAGAAAGACAUCCUACGUUCAAGUGUUCGUCGUUUAACAGCCUUUCCACGAGUGAACGGCUGUCCAAAGUUAAAGAGAGGAACAUCUGUUUUAACUGCUUGAGGCGUGGACACAGCGUGAAGAACUGUCCAUCGAAGAAGUCUUGCUUUAGGUGCAACAAGAAACAUCACACAUUGUUGCACUUGGAGGGCAAUGCCAGCUCGACGAGGCCUUCGAGUGAGAGCAGUGAAGAGAAGCAUUCGCAGUCUAACCCAAAUUCUGCGAUUGGAGUUCCUGGUUCCAGUAAAGCACCGGAGUCCAAUAAGAAACCGGAGGCCCAGCCAUUGGUUACGGCAGUACACACUAACAACCCGAUGAAUUUGGCGAGUCAGGUGAUCUUACAAACCGCCCUUGUUCAAGUGGAUGAUCAACAUCAGCGCUCUCGUUUGUGCAAAGCCCUGUUAGACUGCGGAUCCCAAGUGAGUUUUGUAACGCAAUCACUGGUCGCUACUCUUGGGAUUAAAGUGGAAGAAGUAAGUGUCCCGAUAACAGGCAUUGGCAGUGUGAGAUCAACCAUAAAACAGAAAUGCACCAUAAAUGUCCGCUCUAGAUGUAAUGACUACUCAUUCCUCGUGAAUUGCUUGGUCUCACCGAAAAUCACCGGUCGCAUUCCAUCGGUGAAGAUAAAUUUGGACAAUUGGGAACUGCCACAAGGUCUAAAACUGGCUGAUCCGUCGUUCCAUGAACCCAGCCAAAUUGAUUUGCUUAUUGGCAUGGACUGGUUCUACGAUAUAAUGAAACCAGGAUGCUUAAAACUAAACGACGACCUACCUAGCCUUCAUGACUCCCAACUGGGAUGGUUAGUGGGUGGUAAGCUGCUCGAGAGGUCCUGUUCAAACCUUGCGAUGAACUCCUGCGCUGUUAGCGUCGAUCCAAUGGAAGAGCUUAUGCAUAAAUUUUGGGAAGUGGAAAGCGUUUCACCAGAGAUGGUUCCUUCGAGCGAGAAGGAGCAGUGCGAAGCACACUUCACUGCAACGUAUCGUCGAGAUGACAGUGGUCGAUUUAUCCUCCAUCUACCGCUGAAGGACAACGCUCCCCAGCUGGCAGAUUCUCGUUCUAUGGCCUUGCGGAGAUUUUACAUGUUAGAAUCGAAGCUACAACGUAACCCAGCUUUGAAAGUCCAGUACGACGCCUUCUUGGAUGAGUACGAGACUCUUGGGCAUUGCCACGAGAUCAACGAGCAUGAUGACCCCCCUGGAAUAUUGAAGUUUUAUCUUCCUCAUCAUGCUGUUUUACGUCCCUCAAAAACGACUACCAAAUGUCGGGUUGUGUUCAACGCAUCGGCCAAGGUGUUUGGAUUAUCACUCAAUGACGUGAUGAUGGUCGGUGCUACAGUGCAGAGCGAUUUGCUGUCCAUAAUUCUUCGCUUCCGAAAGUUUCAAUACGUUUUGAGUGCAGACGUAUCAAAAAUGAAUCGUCAGAUGCUGAUCGACCCCGCCUUCACUCCAUUACAGCGGAUUUUCUGGCGAAAGUCCCCUCAAGAUCCUCUGCGAGUCCUCGAGUUAUCAACAGUGACAUAUGGUACAGCGGCGGCCCCAUUCUUGGCAACGCGGGCUCUUCUUCAAUUAGCUUGCGAUGGACGACACAGAUUCCCUCUCGCAGCGAUGAUCGUGGAAAGGAAUUUCUACAUCGAUGAUGCACUGUUUGGUUCCGACGAUUAUGGAGAAGCGUGUGAACUUCGGGACCAACUGAUAGGCCUACUGAAGUCCGGUGGGAUGCAUCUACACAAGUGGUCUUCCAACGAUGAUAGCCUUUUGGAUCCUAUUCCCAAUGAAGACAGAGAGCGAUGCGUUUCACUUGGUGACAGCGGUAUCAACGACAUUAUAAAAACAUUGGGUUUAAUGUGGAACCCUUCUACUGAUGAAUUCCUGUUCCGAUCGCAAUCUCCAGAGAAGAUCAAGUUCUGUCCGAAAUCACCAAGAUUUUCGAUCCUCUUGGUCUUAUUUCUCCUGUGGUAG